AACCAUGAGAGAGCAUCUUCGUAAUUUUUAAAAAUCGAUGCAUCCCUUCAUUGUGCGGUGGAGUCAACAUUUUUCACGCCCGGGAGAUUUCCUUGUGCUCUAUUGGUUCAACGAAGCUAUUGUCAGGAGCACACAGAGUUCCAAUACAUAAAAAACACCUCGCGUACCUUUAAAUUUUUUUUCAUUAAUGUUGGCUAUUGAUUGACAAUUGUAGUGUAACAGUGACAGAUGCCACGCGUAUUUUUAUUUCUCGUGUAGCGUUUGAUGAAAUGCGGACUAGGAUCCUAGCUACUCUGUUGAAAUGAAGAUGAUGUUUGUGCAAUAAUUGAGGAUCAAAAUUAUAUUAAUGUUUCUAUGAGCACAAGAAAACUCAGGUGGAAUAUAAGUUGUGUCUGAAGACGAUAUGAGGACAGGACAUUUUGUGAGAUAUGGACACGCUGGAGAACAAGUCGACAUUAAAUGAAUUUAAAUCAUGAAGCGAAGCGACCAUUUUAUCUUGGAUUUUACUUUACUAUGGUGCUGGCUCUGUUACUUUGCACAAGGUGACCAAAUCAAAUUCCUAGAAUCCCUUGCCGACCAAACUGUCAGAAAGGGGCACAAAGUCUCAUUUACAUGCUCCAUCGGGCUCAACGAUGACAUGGAACAAGAAAAUCUCCGUAUCCGGUGGAAACAUAAUGGUGAGAUCCUGGACACUAGGUCAGAUAGAUUUAAGGUGAUGGACGGUGGGCAGACAUUGGUCCUGAGGGAGGCUGAUUAUGGUGAUGCAGGACAGUACACAUGUAUCGCCAGCGUGAGAGGACAGAUCACAGAAAAAGAGAAAUCCUCAGCAAAACUCAUUGUCAAAGGAACACCGGAACCUCCUCAAGAUGUAGAAAUCAGUUCGUGCGGACCAAAGAGAGUGGAGUUAAUUUGGCGUGACGGUUUGGACGGAGGCGAGCCAAUUGAUGAGUAUCUCAUACAAUACAAUACAUCAGAUAAUCCCUACUACUGGAACUCCGCGGAUGAGGAAAUCGAAUACAUGGACAAGGUAUCAAAGACCGCCUUCGUCAGCCUGUCUCCCUGGGGGUGGUACUCUUUCAGGGUCAUGGCAAAGAACAGUCUGGGAUACAGCGAACCAAGUAAACCCACAAAAAAGGAAUGUAACACACCGCCCGAGAGACCGACGUCAAAUCCGGUUAAUGUUAAAAUGAAGACAGACAAGGAGGGAAAACUAAUCAUUACUUGGGACCCAAUGCCUCGAAUGCAGCACAAUGCUCCAAGCUUUGGGUACAGGGUAAGCUGGAGAAAACGUGGCAGUACGUUUUGGAACAAGAAAGAUAUCAAGAAUGCAAACGAAAACCAGUUUGAGGUAGAUGUGGAUGAUGUUUAUGGUCUGUAUGACGUUCAGGUACAAGCUUUCAACAGUCAUGGUGUGUCAUUCAUGCCAGUGUUUACUGUACGUGGACACUCCGGGGAGGGGGAUCCAUUGAUCAAGCCUCAUGAUUUUCGAGUUGAUCAAACCAAGGACCCCCAACCCCAUGAAGCUCACUUCAUCUGGGAAUCUGUUGACCCAUUGGAUGAUGGACUCAGGGGAAAGUUCAGAGGUUAUAAGUUACAAUACUGGAAAUCCAGUGAAGGCCGCAGGAACAAGGUUGAGGUGCCAAUUACCAUUGACCCAGAUACGGCACACUUGUCACAUGACAUGAGGGCCUCCAUCUCUUCUUUACCGGCCAACACGGCAUUCCGAGCGCAGGUAUCUGUGAUGAAUGGACACCACACAGGACCACCUAGUGACACCAUUGACUUCAAAACAUCAGAAGGAGUUCCUGGUCCUGUUCGGAACUUGCAGAAGGAUGAUGUGGAAAGUGAUCAUGUGGUCCUGAAGUGGGAUCCCCCAGAUGAGCCUAAUGGACUGCUCCUAGGAUACGAUCUUGGCUAUCAGAAAUUGAAUGGUGAUGUGGAGGGAGACAUCAGGGCCCUGGAGCCAAGGAUUAAUAACCCCUCCCACACCUCAGCGAGGAUAACAGGUCUACAGCCCAACCACCAGUACCGCUUCUUUGUCUGGGCCAGAACCAGCUCAGGGAGGGGGGAUAAGCGGGGAGUUCAGGUGUUAACAAAAGGUCCUGCAAACAGUCAGAUGGCCAGCAUCCACCAAUCAGGCAUUAGUUUAGCAUCACAUGUCCUCGGAGUCAACUGUACAGUGCUCAUGGCUUUAGCAAUCUCAUGGACUAUGGCAAAACUCGUCUUCCACUGACACAGACUUAGAGAGUGUAGGAUGUUCUGGUCUUACACAGAUUGUGAAGGUUUCCUCUGUCAAUAUCAUUACCUCAGUUAUCCUGCUUCAAGGGAUACUAGUAUCUGAGUGGAGAAAAUCUGAUAUUGUAGUGUGUCACUGAAUCUAAUUGAACUAGAUAUUUGCAACUAUAUGGAUUCAGAAUUGAUGUCCAUUUCACUGAAGCAGUGCUAUAACAAAAUAACCUAGAGUAAUUUGACACAAGGCUCCAUCUUUGAUGUAGGACUAAGUAUGUUAACAUUUACAGCUGUCCGAUGUCUUAAGCUAAACUUUGGUAUACUUGUGCAAAUAUAAAAUAGAAGUGUGUUUUACAUAUUAGAGAAAAACUUUCCAAAUUUUUGAAAACUGCCAACUUCAAAUUUUAAUGACUGUAAAAGUUAUACAAAAGAAAGUGCAGUGCAUAUAUAUACUUCUAUGAAAUUUAAAGUAUGGUCAUAAUGACCAAAUGGCUUUAUUAUAAAAGAAAAUGCUAGAGACUGAGACUUGCAAUUCUAGCAGUUUCUAAACCUGGGCUACGUUCAGUUUUCUGUAAUGAUAAUCAUGCUAUCAGUGUUUGGCAGAAAAAACAAAAUGUCUCACUUUAGUGAAUGAACUUUUGAAAGCUUGCUUGAUAUAUUUCAAGAAUGUGAUGAAUAUAUCUAGUCCAGAAAUAAGUAUUCUUUUGAGAAUGUGUCCAUGAACUUCAGUUUUCUUGGGAAAUGGCAGUGACGUCAUUUUCCCGUGAUCAUUCCGAAUUUGUGCAAGUUCCAUAAAACAUUCCAAUGAAGUUGGCAGAUUGUAUGCAUCUUUCUACAACAAAGUGGAAUUGUCUCAACAGCGAAUAGUUUCAUGGCUUCAUCCUUUGUUUAUAAAUUAAGACAUUUUGUUGCAGUAAAAAUUUCCUGAUGUGACUUUUCCUCAGAUUAAAAAAAAACCCAAGCAAAGAUGAGAGUCAAAUGAGCAGAGAAGCUACAGAAUCUAUAAUAGUGUCUCAUCUUAGAAUCUUCUGAUGAAUUGAUUAUGUGCCAUAAUUAGCUGUUUGUGGUUCAGAAGUUGUAAAAGUUACACUUGGUGUCGAGUGAUCUGUAAAAAUAACUGUGUGUAGUGAUUGUAUAGUCCCUCGUCCAAGAUUGUGUCAUUUCUGUGAACAAAGAUUGUAGUUGUCACAGUAACAAAUAUUAAUCUCGAAUUUAUGUAUGAAUUAUUUUUGAUCACAGUUUUUGAAGUAAAUAAUUUAACAUGGAAAUGAUAUUUCAUAGAUAUCUAUGAUUUAUACAUUUACUUCCCGUUGAGUAUUAAUCUGCAAUGAAUACAAAAGUUUUAUCAUACCUAUUUAUAGUUAAGUACAAAUGUAUUCAAGAUAUUAAAUAUGUGUAAUUUUGAGCCUGCUGAAGACUUAAAACCCUUAUUCUAGUCAGAUUAUAGAGUAGUUCUUAGUUGUUAUUCAGAUUAUACAUGUGAAGAUCUAUUAAAAAAAAAUGUUAUGAAGGCUAUACAUUAAAUUAAAAUAAAAGACUUAUACCAUGUACAAUGUUGAAAAGAAUAUAUUUUUUAAAACACUUCAUCAAACAGAUUUGCUGGUAAAUCCUACAUCCAGUUUUGGCAUUUUAAAGAAAAAGUUACGUUUACUCAUUGAAGACAUUUGUAUCUUAAAUGUACUUAAAAUAAUGGAAUUGCAAACUCUUUCCCAAUGAAAGAGUUUGCUAAUUAAUACUUUUUUAAGUUAAUAUACUAAACACUAUAUAGAAAUACAUGCAGCCAUUUUGAAAAUAAUCUUUUUUUGUACAUAUUUACAUACCUAGACCAUUCAAAAUGUUUUUUUAAUUUUUUUUCUCUUACUAAAUGUACUUAGAGCUAUUAUCAUCUUGAUUUUUUGUACAUUUUUGUACAUACAUGUACCUGUAUGUAAAACAGCCAUGAUGAAUUUUCUGUUGGGUAAAUGGAAAUGAUUGUUUGAAAACUCUGUGUGCUUGCUAUCACGUAAUUUUUAAAUAUGAAUGGGAAUUUCAACCAAUCAGAAUCCUCAUAUUCAAAAGGUUGUGAAAUUUUGUAGUUUGUGUAGUUUUAGCUUACAUUUACUUAUUCUCUACUAGAAAAUCAUCAUCAUUCAUCAUUAUCAGAAAUACUCUGAUCAGUUGAUUGACACAAAAAUAAUCAUCAUCUCUAAAUAAUGUAACUAAGUUAAACCUCGCAAGAAUUAAUGACAGUGGCAAUGAGUAUAUAAUUUAGCACAUAGACAUUCUAGCUUCAUGUCUCAAAAUCCCAAAAAUGAUAAUGUUCAUUAGUACCACCCUUUCCAUGGUCAUUAUAAUCUAUAUUAAUUAACAAAUUAAAGUUGGGUGCAUGGCAACAAGUAUGAAUGUUUAAUUUUCUAAUAUAAAAGAAAGGACUGAUAUUGCUUAAGUCAUGUGACCUUGAAAUGGGUUUUUCCCAUGAACUACUAAAUUUUUAUCUUCUUCAUCUUGCAAAUAAUGGCUAUAUGUAAUAUUGGUUUCUUCAUUAUGCAUCAAAGUACCAUAAUGUUUGUAAAUUCUUCUUCACUUGUACAUGUAUUAACAAAAAAGUACACAUUUCCCCCAUUUUAAAUAAAUUGGCAAUUUAUUAGUUUUGGGAAAAAACUUAUAAUCUGAUGUUUUUUCAUGCAUUUCUUCUUAAACAUAAGGUUAUCCUGUUAUUUUGAUUUCAAAUUCAUUGUACUAAAGAAAGUGAAUCAUGUAACAUUUGCCAUUUUCACUUAAUUAUUUCCUUCAUAGUCAUCAUGUUUCCCCACUUCACCCAAAAUAUAUCCAUGCAGUCUUUUCAUACAAUUUUGCACAAUUUCAUUUAUUCAUAUGAUAUCCAUUUUCUUUAUUAAACGAACAUUUCAUUCUUGCCAAAUGCACAUUGGGACAUAUAUAAAUAUAUAUACUGCAUCAUGGGUAAAUAAUGAACCACAAGGUUGUGCUAGAUGUUGUUACAGUUAUUUUGCAACAAACCAAGAAAAUCAUAUCAGUAUGUGUUGUUUUUCUAAAGUUGCUGACUCUGAAAUGAAGCUCUAGGUUUAGAAACAAUGUCUAAUUGGUCAGGUACCUAUUUUUUUUAGUUGUCAAAGAGUACAUGCUAUGAACUGACAGUGGUUGUGUUUUGAAACUGUUUUGAACAUGUGUAGAGAACAAUCAAUCAAUGAGUGUUUUGUUGAUUGUGGAGUUAGUUUGAGUUAAGUUCUGUGUUUUUUAAAACUUGUUUUUUAAUUGUAAGUUUGAUAAAACAGAUGAAAGAAGGUAUAAGACAGAGGUUAUAUUAACUAUAUUGUAUUUUUGAAAUGCAAAAUCCUAAUAGAUUCCAUGUAUGAUUGGCAAUUUUUCUUUAUGUUUAUAAAAGAGAAACAUUUUGAGGGUAAAUAUUCAAAUUGAUUGAUCAACGCCCUUUAAGGAAAGAGUGGUAACUCUAAAAUAAAAUUGUUGCAGUGUUUCCUUUUUUAACUUUCAUUGAACUUUGUGAUACACAUAACUUCUUUAUCUUCAUCCUCUGUAAAAAAAUAAAUUAGUGCAGAAAAAGUGCCAUUUUGGCUAGCAGAUAAUCAUUCAGUGAGGACACAUAAAAAAGAUAGAAGCUAUUCCCCAAUUGUUCUAAAGAAAAAUGCAUGUCAGCAAAACGAUGUGCACAGCUUUGCUUUGUACACUGAUAAAACCCCCCCACAAAUGGAUACUUUUAGAUUGUUGUAUCAAUCAAACUCAUAAAUGAUAAUGUUUAAAUGUAUGAAUAUGUGUUUUCUUUUUGUCUAACACUAAUGUGUUUUUGAAUGGAAAUGACCUCAUUUUGUGUUUUGUCUUUUUCACAUUAGGAUUAGAACUGUUUUGUGCCAAAUGAUUUCAUUUGUUAUUCUUUAUGCUUUCAUCAUCUUAUUUUAAACCUUUAGCUGAAUUAUUUUUUGUCUCAAACCUCUCCAAUAAUCUCUUUUCAUACCAAUCAUUAUAUUGUUUUAGAGAGGUAACAUGACGUACCAUAUGGUUACAGUCUUUACUCUUGAAUAUUGAAAUUUUAAUUUGGGAAAAUUCUUUAUUUUUCCAAAGUUCCUUUUUUCAUCUUUUUUUGUGUGUGUUCUAAAACAGUUGAAAAUGGAUCAGACUUUGCAAAUACUCAGAAGUUUUAUUGUGUGUUGAGUAGUAGAGGGGGCUUAGUGCAAUUAGCUUUCUCUUUCUGGGAAACUGUAGAAAAAUGCUUUCCUUGUCAUUUUGUGUUGUACAGAAAAAGUUAAUUAUAUCUUGUUGAUCAUUAAGAUUAUUAAAUCAUUUUUAUUUCAAAGUAAAAA